GCGGCUGCGCCCGGCGCGUCCUUCCGGGCCGCGGCGCCGCCCCGAGCAGCGCGGGGCGAUGUCGGGGCCGGCGCGGAGCGCGGCGGGGUCGCUCCCCGUCAGCCGCCUGGCCGAGCCGCUGCUGCGGAGGCUCAGCGAGCUGCUGGACCGCGCGGCGCCCGGCAAGGGCUGGCGGGAGCUGGCGCAGCGCGCGGGCAGCCACGGCCGCGUCCGCCUGAGCUCUCUGGAUUUAGAACAAUGUUCCCUCAAAGUGCUGGAGCCAGAAGGAAGUCCGAGCUGGAGUCUCCUGAAGCUGCUGGGUGAUAGGGGUUGUACUGUGGUGGAACUGGUGGAGUUCUUGCAGGCCUUGGAGCAUACAGAGGCUCUCCAAUGUCUCAGUCUUUCAGGUAUAAAGAUUGUUGUGCAGCCAGACUCUCAAGCAGUGCUCCCUGGCCAGGUCGUCAAGCUGUGUUGCUGGGCAAUGGGACACCCAUUUGUGCAUUACCAGUGGUUCAAACAGGAAAAAGAGGUUCCCCAUGGUAAUUCUCCAGAGCUGGUUUUGAAUCCAGUGCAAGUAAAUGAUUCCGGCUUUUACAUCUGUCGAGUGAACAGUGAAUCUUCCUUUGUGUUCAGUCGGUGGGCACGACUAGAAGUUUGUGAUCUCCAUGAUACGUCUCACAGGAGUUUGAUUGGUUUGCCUGAAAACAAAUUACGUAUUUGUGUUCAGCCUCAGCCGCAAAACCUGACGGUAGGGGAUGCUUUGGUACUAGAAUGUGGAGCUAUUGGAAACCCAAUUCCUCAUUACCAGUGGUUCAGAAAUGGAUUUCCCGUGGCAAAUGGGAGCAAAAAUGUCUACAUGGUAGCUUACGUGGGCAUGGAACAUCAGGGGACGUAUUGGUGUCAUGUAUUCAAUGACCAGGAAGAUCAAGACAGCAAGAAGAUAGAUGUUGUUAUAGGAAGGAAAGCUAUGGCAGUGGAGUGCACAGAAGAAGAUCUAAGUGGUCUUCAAAAAGCUGCAGACCUACAGGAACGAUCAAAUGACAGACCUUUUGCAACAGACAAGGUAGCUCUGUUAAUAGGAAAUAUGAGCUACCGGAAUCACCCUCAGCUCAAGGCUCCAAUGGUAGAUGUCUAUGAACUGACCAAUUUGCUAAGACAGCUGGAUUUCAAAGUUGUUUCUUUGCUGGAUCUUACGGAGUCUGAGAUGCGAAAUGCAGUGAAUGAAUUUUUACUUCUCCUGGACAAAGGAGUAUAUGGUUUGUUAUACUAUGCUGGCCAUGGCUAUGAAAACUAUGGAAACAGUUUCAUGGUCCCUAUCGAUGCUCCAAAUCCCUACCGAUCUGCAAACUGUCUGUGUGUACAGAACAUCCUCAAACUGAUGCAGGAAAAAGAGACAGGACUCAAUGUAUUCCUACUGGAUAUGUGUCGGAAAAGAAAUGAAUAUGAUGACACAAUUCUCAUCUUAGAUGCUCUGAAGGUUACAGCCAACAUUGUUUUUGGAUAUGCAACGUGCCAAGGAGCAGAAGCUUUUGAAAUUCAGCACUCUGGGUUAGCCAAUGGAAUUUUUGUGAAGUUCUUGAAGGAGCGUUUGUUAGAAGACAAGAAGAUUACUGUACUGCUAGACGAAGUUGCGGAAGAUAUGGGCAAGUGUCACCUUACCAAAGGCAAGCAAGCUUUGGAGAUCCGCAGCAGUUUGUCUGAGAAAAGAGCAUUAACUGAUCCCAUUCAACAAACCGUAUCUUCUGCAGAGUCUCUGGCACGGAAUCUACAGUGGGCCAAAGCUCAUGAGCUUCCAGAAAGUAUGUAUCUUGAAUUCAAAUGUGGUGUUCAGAUUCAGUUGGGAUUUGCAGCAGAGUUUUCCAAUGUCAUGAUAAUCUACACACGAAUAGUAAAGAAGCCACCUGAAAUAGUAGUUUGCAGAGCCUACGUUACAGACUUUGCGCUCGACCUGGAUGUGGAUCCUAAAGAGGCAAAUAAAGGAACUCCUGAAGAAACUGGAAGCUAUUUAGUAUCAAAGGACCUUCCCAAACACUGUCUGUACACCAGGCUAAGUUCACUGCAAAAGCUAAAGGAGCACUUGGUCUUCACUGUUUGCCUGCACUAUGAGUAUCCAGGAAUAGAAGAUACAAUGGAUGAAAGGAAGGAAGUUAAUGUUGGGAAGCCGCUUAUUGCUAAAUUAGGCCUUCAUCAUGGAUUCAAAAAUAAUAGCUGUCUUCAGACUUGUUGCGUGGCUAAUAACCCUUUUCAUAAACAAGUGGAAUCAAGUCCAGUGACAACUAAAUACUAUUUACAUAGUCAUCACCAACCAAAUUCCUGUCUAGGGGUUUAUUAUCCAAACACUGUUUGUUCAAACAACAUUAGACAACCAGAGGCAUGUUCUUGCAAUGGGACUUCAAGUAUGUUAACUUCAAGACACGAAGUACAGAAUUACUCACCACCUGUGGAAAAGAGUAAUGUACCAGUAGAGACAACUGAUGACACUGUUGAACUAGAAUUCCUUCUUUCUGACAACCUCAGAUUCUCUAAACAGCAAUAGCUGUGAUGUGUGCAGAACGGACCAGAGUUUCAUUCGUGAACUAGCGAACAUCCACACUUCAUCCAUUUUCUGGAGUUUGGGGUCUUUGUGACAAAGGGAUUAGAGGGCCUGCAGAUGGUACUGAGGCUGAGGGUGUGAUGUAGGUUGGUCUGUUUUACUCUCAGGGAAACCUUCUCAGAUCCAAAGAGACAAAACUGGACUGACAGAUUUAGGAAUGAAAAAGCAUGAUUUCUAUAUUUUCUCCUACCAUUUGAAGUCUGAUACAGGUAAAAACCUGACCUCUUCUGAGUUCCCCAUUCCAUGAACUGGGAGGCAAACAGCCAAAGCAGAGAGGCAAGCAUGUAUCCUGUCUCCUGUAGGGAGAGAAUGCACCAAAACCUGGUGCUGGUUUCAGAGUCUCUCCUGAGAGAGUAAGGCCUUGGGUCUUGCCCGCUGCUUCUCCUCCAGUACCUGUUGGCAUUAUAAGAUUUACUCUAAACAUGUUUCCUGAAUCUUGUGUUUUCAGUUGACAGAGGAAUUGCUCAUCCUGUACAUAAACAAAAUAACCAUGUAUAGUAGUCAGAGGCAAAAUGUUGACAAAAGUAAGUAGGAAAAGGAAUUUUCAUGUUCUGUAUGCUUUAACUGGAUUUUUAAAAAUCUGUUAGCCACAAAAUGGUAAAUAUUGUUUGAUAUCCAGGUAUUUUCAGACAUACUGCAUUAGAAUAAGAUUUUUAUAUAUUAGUGUAUGUUAUAACAGCCUCCUGUUGAGCAUAUAAGAUAAUAUUUAAUGUAACUGGCCUGAGCAAAGAGGGAAUUUUUCCAGAAGAGGUGGUGAGUGUUUUAAUAUUCCCGUGUUAAAAAUCACAUCUCCUUCAAUCCUCAGUUUCUUUUCCUGCUCAUGUACACAUUACGAUCAAUUGUUGGUGCUCUGCUCCCUUGGAGGUAGCUAAUAAUCAGCUCCUAUUGCAUUCUGCUUUCUCCUUUCUGGUCAGAUGUCCAAUACUUGGUACUGAUGGAUGAAGAGCAGUGCAGGAAAAAUAAAACAUGUGAGGAGGAAAGAGGAACUGGGCCAGUAAACUAGCAUUAUCACUUUCUUUAAAGGCAUUAGAUUACAAAUCCUCAGAAGGAACAAAGUCACAGAUUCAUACUGUGGUUGAUUGCACUCAUGAAAAUCUUUUUCAUGUCAAAUGUUUUUAAGAUUUUUAUUGAUGUGAUUUGUGGAGAGGUGGUCUUCUGUUCAGGAUGAACAAUAAAUUGAAAUGUGAGAUGUGAUUAAAAAUAACGUUCAUGCUUGUUAAAAGUGCCUCUGUCCAUAACAAGUGAAGUGGUGUGUGGUCAGUCUCACAGUAAGACAUGCUGAAGACUGAAGAUAUUUGGGAAAGAUGAAUGAAAACUUCAGGGUUGGUCGAUCUUAAGUGCAGGGAUGGUGUUCCUGAACACUAGCCCUUGCAUUUUUGUGGUGAUGUAAAAAGAAAAAAAAAAUCCCACUCAAUUGUUUUCCAGGCCAAAUUCAUUCAUCUUCUCUCAAAUAAAGAUGUUGAAGGAAGAGAAGGAAGAGUCUUACCCACAACUGUGAAAACCUAAGGUAAUGAUUCCAGCACACAGAAACAGAUAAAUGAUCAAAACUACUUUAAACCGAGUCUGCAGAAGGUGAAGGACACUUGCUUCACCUCUCUGCCUGAUACUUACUGUAUGUCAUACUGCAGCUUCUUCUGCCUAUGUGCAUUGGCUCUGGAGCUCAAAGGUGGGAUUCAUCUCUCUGUAGACCAGAUGUCAAAAGUAAGUUAGUCUUCUAGGACCUCUAGCCUCUGGGACCCAGAACUUCACUGUUCAGUGUGGAGGCAUAGGCACCUUCAGAAGGCAAAUGAUCCCAUACUGAGAGAUAAAUGAACUACUUUCGUGUGGUGCUUCAUUACUUGGUUGACCAAAGGAAGCGUGUGGAGCUAGCUUGGGCUAGCUGCUUAACUUUUGAGAUACCUCAGAUUAGGUGCGAUGAAGGAGUUGAUCUGAGGUGACUCACUUGUAAUAGGUACUGGUCUGGGGAAAGGAAGCUGGCAAAUUUUUUGAUCUGUUUUCAGGAAAGGGAAAUUCUUGCUUACCAAACUGCUUUGCAUGUACAGGUUGAGUAAUUCCAUUCAAAAAAGGCACAUUAACUUCUUAAAUGUUUGGGUUUGCUUCAAAAUAAUGAAAAAUCUGUUAUUUACAUACGUGUAUCUGGCAAUUAGUUUGAGAACAUUUGGAGAUGUUUUAUUUGGUCUUUAAGUCUUGAUGCUUUGAAAGGAUAAAUAUAUUGAUAGUAUGCAAGGUAAUUACUGUGCAAGGGAGUUAUAUGGGCCUCUCCUGCCCUGAUAGUACUGAUAAGCAGUAUUGCUUUGAUUAAAACUUAUUUUCCCUUAAAUUACUUACCCUGCCUUGAAAUAACUUUUGAUAUUUGGAAAAAUCACUGUGGUGCUUUACAUUAAAUAGGUAGCAAAUUUUUUUUUUAAAAAAGAAUAUUUGAUUCUCAUUGAUAUGAGUGAGAAACCAGAUUAACCCUACAGCUGAGAAUGCUGCCUUCUGGUGGGAUCUUAUAUAGCCUUAUAACAUUUUGGCUGGACGAGGACAGAGAUGCUGUUUGUGGGCGUGACAAGUCUAAUCCAGCUUGGAGUAUCAACAGAAUUGUUAGCUAGAUCUAUUGAUCUUCAGAUUUGUCUGCACUGAAAGAUGGACAUACCAUGCUAGCAGAUAUACAUGGAUGUUUGUUUAUUUCCACAAUGACAGACAUGAUUGAAGCAAUCUAUAAAUGCGCUUGAUUUUCUAAUUUUCUUCUUUGGAGAGUAUUAAAUAGUGAGUGUUUUUUUAAUGAAUAAGAUGUUCCUAUGCAUUAAUUAUUCUGUAUAAUUGACUUAUAAAUCAAAGUUAUAGCUUGAGGUAUGAUCUAGUACUGUAAUAUUUAGCUGACACUUUGUCACAGUUUUCUAUUUUGUAUGGAGACUUAUUCCUUUUCUUACUGUAGCAAUAAAUUAUGGUCCACAAAAAGAUA